CGUGUGCAUAUGGUUGGCUGACAAUAGCAGAUCAAAUGUAGCACCGAACGACCUUCAUGUGCGAAUUGCAAAACUCAUGGCAUGAGCUGCAAUUACGAGCCCAUCGAUGAUGCCGUUCGUGCACGCACCGCCCGCCCAAGCAAAGUGCAACGGAGAGAACAUGCAUUUGAACAACUCACCGCUGCGCAGACCCCCAGAGCAAAAUCAGUGUCUGACGACAGUCCUUCUCGAGCUCAUGCAGACUCAGCCAGUCGAGCGAACAGCGUGUCUCGUAUCGUUGUUUCCUCCAAUGGCAUGCCCAGCUAUCAUGGCCGCACAAGUACGCUCUUUGAAGAGAGCUAUCAUGACCGAUCCACCCCAGAGGCCAAUUCCAGAAUGCCCGAAGAGUGGGUAGGAAAAGGACUGAUUGCUGAAGCUGCUUGCCAACGUCAGCUCGAAGACGUCAACUUUCGUCUCGGUAAACUAGACUUUGACGGAGUAGAACCAGAACUAGGCCAGCACCUGCUGUCUCUUCACUGGAAUCGACAGCAUCAUUCGUUUUUAAUCACGUAUCGACCUGCCUUUAUGCGAGAUAUGGCAUGCAAAGGCCCAAACUUUUCAAAGCUUCUCCUGAAUGCCAUCUUCUUCAGCGCAUCCAAAUUUAGCCCACGCCGCGAGCUUCGACGGGAUGCUGAUGAUGUGCGAACAGCUGGCUGGCAGUUCCGCGAGCGUGUUCGAGGGCUUCUUGGUGGCGCGUUAGAUAAGAGCGACACUACUACGAUACAAGCACUGCUCAUCAUGUGUAACUCUUUGUUUGCCCUAGGAGAUGAGCGCAGCGCAGCCUGGUUGUACGCCGGUCUAGCCUUUCGUAUGAUCGUCGACUUGGGCAUUCAUGUUGACAAGGCGGGCCUUACAACGCAUCGCAAGUUUUCAGACGAAGAUCUUGAAAUUCGCCGACGUGUCUUCUGGGCUGCAUUUGUUGUCGACAAGAUACAGAGUCUGUAUCAGGGGCGGCCAGUCACACUGAAAGAGUCUGAUACUCUGGUGCCCAUCAAGUUUCUGGACACCUACGAGGAGCUCGAGCUCUGGACCCCACUGGCUUACUUGACACAGUCCGACGUGGCUUACGCUGGGUCUCCAGCGUACAGCAUAUCAACCUUCAAGCACUUGUGCCAGCUAUCUCUGAUAUUGAGCGACAUUCUCAGCACGAUCUACACAGAGCGCAGCUCUGACAAGAGUUCAGCGGAGCUGUCUACCAAGCUUGAAAGCAUCCAUGCUACUUUGCAGACUUGGUACCGCGACCUGCCGUCUCAUCUAGCUGACCUUGGCAAAUUACCCACAACUCCGCCUCCACACGUUUUGAGUCUACUUGCCAUGUACCACGUACUGGUCAUCCUCCUGCACCAUCCAUUCGUCGCUGAUGGUCACCUUUACAGCACUUCCCGGAGUAUCUCCGUAAAUUCAUUGAAGUGUUGCGCCUCUGCAGCGAACGACAUCGUGCAUCUCAUGCGAGUGUUCGAUAAAGCCUUUAGCAUAAGAAGAGCGCCGUAUCUUAUAUCCUAUGCGACAUAUGUUGCUGCAACAAUCCAUGCACGCAUUGCAGCUAAGCGUGGCCCCGGCUCUGAUGCUCACAGUAGUCUUGCAGCAUGUCUAGCGGUUUUCAGAGAGAACCAAGAAACCAAUCCAGCCGUCCGACGCGCUAAUGCCCUCGUCCAGAACCUCAUGAAGAGGCUUGGGGUACGCAUGCACAGUAUUGAUCAGUGUCAGAUCCACAAAGAUACCAGCAGCAAUAGUCAGCGACAAUCUCCAGAAGCGAUUUCGAACGCAACGACGGGUCGAGGACCAAGCUUGCAAGGGCUCGAUCUGGAUGGCAUCAUACAGAGCUUCGUACGGGAGCAGGAGAAUGCGCAAAUGACGCAAGCGGGUACACCGGAACAAUUCGCCGUCAACACGCCGACAACGAUGCUGCCUUCGCGAGUCCCUGUUGUACCUCGCGACAUACUCGAUACUGGUGGUCACGAUAUCAACUCGCUAAACUACGACUACGACGGCCAAUGGCUCGUGUCGGGCCAACACCAAGUCUAUAGAGAAGCUACAGUGCCCGUCGACGACCUGUACUAUGGUUUCAAUAGCGCCGCUUUGGACAGUUUCCCUAUCACACCUUUCCUCGAAUGGAACACUAUGUGAGCAUCUCGAUCAACAGCCUCAAUUUGUAGCAGCGGAUAAAGCUCAUGUACGCAUCUCACCACAUGGACUACUACAUGGGGAGUUCGGAAAGCAAACGGCUCACGAUACG